CAAAUGACACAUUGAUCUGUACAUGCUAAUAGCAAUACAGAUGUAACACAGGAGUAAAAGCCCAAUCCAUUCAAGAAAUCAAAACAGAUUCAAGUCUCGUGCAUGCAUCUAUAUAUACAAACUUUAGGGAGCAAGGGUCAGCUUAACAGCCUCUAGAAUGGCACUUGGGGAUAGUUUAAUCUCCAUUCUAGCGUUUAUAUUGGCGAUCAAUUCAGUGCUUACUGGGUCACGAGCAAAUGCUGAGCGCAACAAUUCACUAAGUCGAAGGAGCUUCCCUGCUGGAUUUGUCUUUGGGACUGCGUCCGCAGCUUAUCAGUUUGAAGGCGCGGUAAAUGAAGGCGGGAGAGGACCAAGUAUAUGGGAUAACUUCACACACCGCCAUCCAGAGAAGAUAGCUGAUGGAAGCAAUGGGGAUAUAGCAGAGGAUCAGUAUCAUCGUUAUAAGGAAGAUAUAAAGAGGAUGAAGGAGAUAGGUUUGGAUGCUUAUAGACUCUCUAUAUCCUGGACUAGGAUCUUACCUAAUGGGAGCUUAAGUGGGGGUAUCAACCAAGCAGGUGUUAACCACUACAACAAUCUAAUCAAUGAGCUCUUAUCCAGUGGUUUGCAGCCCCUUGUGACCCUCAAUCACUUUGAUCCUCCUCAAGGCUUAGAAGAUGAAUAUGGUGGUUACUUAAGUCGCCGAAUUGUGGAAGACUUCCUAGAAUAUUCUGAAAUUUGCUUUCGAGAGUUUGGAGAUAGAGUGAAGCAUUGGGUCACCCUAAAUGAGCCAUCGAUGUUCUGUACCUACGGGUAUGGGACUGGAAGAGGUGCACCUGGGAGGUGCUCUCGUUGGGAGGGGAACUGCAGUGCUGGGGACUCUAGCAGGGAGCCUUACAUUGCUUGUCAUAACCAGUUGCUCGCUCAUGCGGCCGCUGUCAAGCUUUACAGGUCAAAGUAUCAGGGGUAUCAGAAGGGAAAGAUAGGAAUAAGUCUGAGCUGCAAUUGGUUCUUGCCCUUCUCAGAUUCAAAGCCUGACAGAGAUGCUGCUCAACGGGCUGUUGAUUUCAUGUAUGGAUGGUUCAUGGAUCCCUUAACUGAAGGCGAAUAUCCAGUCAUCAUGAGAGAGCUAGUAGGAGAUCGUUUACCAAAGUUCACCGAGGAGCAAUCUGAAAUAGUGAAAGGGUCAUUCGACUUCAUCGGUCUCAAUUACUACAGCACAAACUAUGUCUCGAAUCUCCCAGUACUCUCUAACAACGUUCACGCAAGCUAUAAUUCGGAUUUACAUGUGAACGUGACAGGGAUUCGUAACGGGAUUCCUAUUGGUGGUAGGACUGGAGUUAGCAGUUAUUACAAUUAUCCACAGGGGUUAAGAGAUGCUCUGCUCUACACGAAGACACGAUACAACAACCCAACCAUCUACAUAACAGAAAACGGGAUGGCUGAGCCCAACAACAAGACAGCAACAGUUGAGGAAUCAGUAAAAGACCGGGGAAGAGUACAGUUCUUCAAGGGACAUCUCUUACAUCUCCAGCAAUCAAUCAGGGAAGGGGUCGAUGUGAAAGGAUACUUUGCGUGGUCACUCCUCGAUGACUUUGAAUGGGCUGGCGGUUAUACAGUUCGCUUUGGCAUCUAUUACAUCGACUACGAGGAUGGAUUGAGGAGAUACCCGAAGAGCUCUGCGUUUUGGUUCCAAAGUUUUCUCAAGACUUAGUACACCGAUUUCACUAUGUGUUAUCCAUGUCAAAUUCUUUUGACUCUACGGAUGACGAUGAUGAUUAUUAUUAUUAUUAUUUAUUAC